AUGCGCGGAUCCGAAGUGAGAUCCACCUGCGAAUCUUCAAUAACUUGCAUUGAUGUUCAUGUCGGAGUUGUUCUAGUCCAAUCAUUUGAAGGAACUCCGCCGCCGGAGUUUAGGCCAGUGUUUGGGCUGACUUUGGCACUGCUAAAUUUCUGCAGAGACUUUGGCACUGCUAAAUUUCUGCAGGAGGACUCAUCCAAUUGGACUCCUCUUGCUGGCACAUUGGGAUAUAUUGCACCAGAAUUUGCCUACACAAUGAGAGUCACUGAAAACUGUGAUGUUUAUAGCUUUGGGUUCCUGACAUUGAAAAUAAUCAAGUGGAAGCACCCUGGGGAAUUAGUUGGCCAUCUGAUUUCUUCAACAGCUGGAGCCAGAGAAUUGAAAGACUUGUUGGACCAGAGACUUUCGCAUCCCUCACAAGAAAUUGAAAAGAUUCUGAUGGUCAGGUCAAUUGCUACUUUUGUAUCUUUCAGACGACCCGCUGAGUGGAAGACUCAGAAGUCUGUUCUUGUCUGGUUUCUCUGUAACUUCUUCAUUGGAAAUUACGAAAAUGGUGGUGCUUGUGCUUCAGCUGAUGAAGCUGCUGCACUUUUCAAUUGGAAAACCAGCUUUCAAACCCAAAACACCUCCCUGCUAACUUCAUGGAACCUUAAGCCGAUGAAUCCCAAGAAUGCUUCGGGGCUUCCACAGCAAUGCACUUGGUUUGGCAUUACAUGCAUAAAUGGAAGUACCAACAGAUUGAACCUCACAAAUGCAAGUGUUAAGGGUACACUCUACAACUUCCCAUUCUCAUCCCUCCCAAAUCUUGAAUAUCUUGAUCUAAGCUGCAAUGAACUUUUUGGAACCAUGCCCCCUCAGAUAGGUAACCUUUCCAAGCUUAUUUAUCUGAAUUUGUCAGCUAAUCAAUUUUCACAAGAAAUCCCACCUGAAAUAGGCCAUUUAACCAAUCUUCUGGUCCUCCACUUAAGGGAAAAUCAGUUAAAUGGCUCAAUUCCUGCUUCUUUGGGAAAUUUGAAAAAUCUGAGUUAUUUGUCUCUCUAUAACAAUUCACUUUCAGGUGUCAUUCCUCCUGAAAUAGGAAAUAUCUCUAAGCUACUUUAUUUAAGAAUGAGCAUCAAUAAUUUAUCAGGUCCCAUUCCCCCAGAGAUAGGGAAGUUGGCAUCCCUUCAGAGUUUGGGUUUGUCCAAAACUAACCUUACAGGUUCAAUCCCAAAAGCGUUAGGUAAUUUGACUAACUUGACUAUUCUUUAUCUCUUUGGGAAUAAACUUUCUGGUUCAAUUCCUAGGGAAUUGGGGAAUUUGAAGUCUAUUAUGACCAUGGAAUUGCAGAAAAAUCAACUUACUGGUUCAAUUCCCACUUCUUUUGGGAAUUUGAGUAAAUUGAAAACUCUGUUUCUGAACCACAAUCGACUUACUGGUUCCAUCCCACAAGAACUUGGGAAAUUGACAAAGUUGGUUGUCAUGGCAAUGGACCAUAAUCAAUCCCAAGAAACUUGA